AGAGCUUCCCUCUGCUCGCGGUACACGAAUCUCUCGAGUUACCCCCCUGUAUUGUAUUCUUCAUCUCUGCAUCGCCAUCUUGAGACUCCAUCACCCACCAAGCCACGAUAUUCAACACCAUCCUCCGCCUUCUCCAUCACCCCAUCGUCAUAACCAUCACCUCCUCACACCUUAUCUCACAUAUCAUACGUCCGCAUCCAUCCGUCCCACUACUAGUACAACUCCCCGCCCGCCCUCUCUCACACUCUCUCACACUCUCUAUCCCCCUCACACACCCACACCCACACUCACACCCACACACACUAACCCCAUAGUUCACCUGCCCACCUCACUACCGGUGGUUGGUUUCCGGUUUGUUGGCGGUUGCUUCACUCGUGUGGGAGCGGAGGGGACCAAACAAAGCCAAACAGGGAAAAUAAAAUAAUAAUAAUAAGACCCAAGAAUGAGCCCUGCGGACCUAAUUCUGGGUCUCCACCGAGCAUUGGAGGAGCUCACCGAAAAUCCCCCACCGUCGGUACCCUCGCCCGAGGAGGCUCCGAAACGCGCGUCUGUAGCUUUGGUGGUACGGGUAGGAUGUCUCCCUCCUGCUGAUGUGUGCUACUAUGUUGGAAGCUUCUUCUUCUCCAACUUGUACCGGUGCUACGCCUCCUUGUCCCUCCCUUCACCGGGGGGAAAGGGGGGGUUUCUCAAUUGACCAAUCGCUGAUCGUUGUCCUCCUAGGUCCAACCACACCCCUCGUACCUCCCCGCCUCAAUUGAUAGCUAUCAAGUUGGCUGUCUGUCGGAAUUUUUCGAACAGCCUUGGGUGAAACGUGGGGAUCCCGAGUGCUUGUUCAUUAAGCGGGCUGCCAGGAAAGGUGAUCGCUGGACAAGCCAUGUGGCGCUGCCGGGUGGGAAGCGGGAUGGAGAAGAUGAGGAUGAUCACAAGGCAGCCGUUAGAGAGUGCUUGGAGGAGGUAGGACUCGAUCUUGAUAGUGGGGUGAUUAUUGAUUGUGGAAAGUUGCCGGAUAGGGUGUAAGCCUUUUAUUUUAUUUUAUUUUUCCCUUUCCCUUGCCCACUUUUUUCCCCCCCUCCGCUAUUGAGGCUAAUAAUUGGUCAUGAUUACUGAUUUGUUUGAUCUCGGUGUUUUUCUAGGGUUACAACCUCUUGGGGUACGGUUCCGUGAGUAGGCCCUACUAAUGAGUCCGGGCAUGUGCGGAUUAUCACGCUCGAGAUAAUAUUUGACCAGUAUCUGACGGGGAGGGCAAAUCACAGGCUCAUGGUUCUUUGCCCGUUUGUUUUCCUCUGUACUUCUCCUACCGCUCCUUCGUUUACUCUGCAGCCGACAGAGGUCGCCUCGGCUCAUUGGGUGCCUAUUCGGACGUUGCUUUCACCAACAUUUAGAACCGUGCAGAAAUGCGAUGUCUCCGACCGUCUCUCCCGUCGAUUCUCCGGUCCGCUGGAGCCAAUUGUGAGGUGGGGCUUACGAGCGAACCUUGGGCAGAUGGAGUACUCGGCGGUAAGAUUGUGGCCGAGCAUCAGUGUUUUCUCGAGCUUUAGUGGUGACUUCCUGGACGGGGCUGAGGCUGGCGGUGGGAGUUGGGAUAGACCAUUGCUUUUGUGGGGGCUGACUUUGGGAGUUGUGACGGACUUUUUGGAAAUGCUGCCUCACGGACAAGGGGCGGCUGGAUGGACAUAUCCUACAUUUACGAGCUGGGAUGUUAGGGGCAUUGUAUGGCUGAUGACCCGAGAAAUUAGGAAGAGGAAUUGGGAGGCUGCGAGAAGAGGCAGCCUUGGAAGGGCGUUUUGCGAGCAUGAAGAUACAGAGAGCAGUCUCGUCCUUGUCGAGGAAAAUGGCAACGGCACUGCCAACUCCACGAGGGGUGAGCCCACCAGCACCGUGAAGGUUCUCUUGGAGGGGUACUAUGACGUCGUGCGCAAGGCUGUAUGGGUCACCCUUGGUGGGAGGGCUGUAAUCGCAUCGACCGCUUUGGGAGCUGCAGCAUGGAGGUAUACGCGACGUUAGUGUAUCAUUCAUAGCUUGUCUUCGCCUUCCAGUGGGGUUUCAUGUUCCUUGCACUCAGACACAGAGGCAAUCAAGGGGGAGCCUUGUGGACCGGGGCUCGUUUGAGCCUGGGGUACAAGUACGAUACCAGUACCAGCAACCUGGACUCUCUUUUUUGUAACGCAUAACGAUCCGAGAAAAUAGAAUUAUGGCAUUUCGCUUUCUCCUUUCAUUCUUUCAUUUUUUUGUUCCUGGUUGGUUGGUUGGCUGGCUGGUUGGUUUGUUCGUUGGCUCGUUUUGGGUGAAAUUGUGUGUACCGUACCGUGAUGCGUGCCUGCGCGCGUGUAUGGAUCUGUUCCUGGUCCGACAUGGCUAUAAUGCUGGUCAUGGACAGUCGUGGGAGUGGAUUGGACUAGGGGAGCAUGACAAUUAGAUCCCGAUUACCAUCAUACCGUAAAAACUCUUGAGAUUCUCUAUCUCCACUACUAGCCUUGUUCUUCGGAUUCUGAGUCAUAGGCUCCUGGAUUUCAAGCCUGGGGGUUUUUAUUUUUAUUUUUACGGUACUGUACAUUUGACGAUUAGGUGGAUAUGUUUGGUAUCAUAUUAUCAAUUGUGGUGUUUCUAUUAGUAUCGUGUCGUAUUAGCAUCUCAUCGUAUCGUAUCGUAUCGUAUCGUAUGAUACAAGUACAGGUAUAUAAAACGUAGCCUAGCCAUGCCCACUUGACCUGGUUCGCACCGAUUUACACUUUCUCCCGUCAAGUUAAGCUACCGUAUGGCAGAAGAAGGUGGGAAUCGAAAAGCAAGAAUCCAAGUAGCACAUGACCCGACCAUAACCCGUAGCCCAGGUGCUAAGCGCCGAGGAGAGUAUGGUAACUUACGAAAGUGUGAGUGAGUGAGUGAGUGUGUGUGUGUGGGAAUUCUUUCUCUACGGGGUGAGGCGAAAAAAGGAAAGAAAGAAAG